AUGACUGGUACUGAUUUUUAUUGGGCUGAAUUGUAUGUUCUAUUUGAACAUGCAGCUGGCUAUGCCUUAUUUCGUAUCAGAAGAUUUGAGGAAAACCAGCUGCCACCAAUCGGAAAAAGUAUCACCGACAUUGGUAAAUUUAUGAAUGUGGCUGACCUUAUUUCAUUUCAACCUUUUAAAAACGGAAGAGAUGCUUUACAAAAUAUAAAUAGCAUUUCAGAAGGGAUUUUGCAUCCUCAGCUGCAAGUGUUUUUAGAGAAUAAUGUUCCAAAAUCCAAAAAGAAACGCCCUAUCACUCUAGGUGUUGCAGAUUCUAAAAUUGCUGCUGCUAUAACUGAAAGCCUGGGAUUCAGUUGCUUAAUUUCAGGUGUUGUUCCAGAAAUAUUAAGAGGUAUCCGUCAUCAUUUUCACAAGCUUGUAAAAGGCUUUAAAGAUCUGCAUGCUGCAAACAAGACGCAGUUAGGCUUGGGUCAUCAUUAUUCAAGAGCACGAGUGAAGUUCAAUGUAAAUAGAAUCGAUAAUAUGAUUAUUCAGACUAUUAAUAUUGUGGAUCAAUUAGAUAAAGAUAUAAAUGCUUUUGCUAUGAGAGUUAGAGAAUGGUAUUCACAUCAUUUCCCAGAGCUGAUUAGAGUAGUUCCUGAGAAUCAUCUAUAUGUAAAAUGUGUCAGAGUUAUAAAUGAUCGGAAAAACAUGUCUGAAAAUGUUGAGGAAGAAUUAGAAAAAAUACUAAUGGAUUCUGCAAAAGUACAUGACAUUAUGGAACUUGCUCGUAGCUCAAUGGGCAUGGAAAUAUCUCCAUUAGAUAUGGAAAUUGUUACCGUUUUUGCUGAAAGAAUCGGUUCUCUCAUGGAAGAAAGGAAGCAGUUGGUAGAAUAUUUAAAAUCCAAAAUGCAUAGCGUUGCACCUAAUCUUGCAACUUUAAUCGGUGACAUGGUUGGUGCAAGACUUAUUGCUCAAGCUGGUAGUUUGAUAAAUUUGGCAAAAUUUCCAGCAUCAACUGUUCAAAUUCUUGGUGCAGAAAAAGCAUUAUUCAGAGCCCUAAAAACUAGAGGAAACACUCCUAAGUAUGGCUUGAUUUAUCACUCAACAUUCAUAGGAAGGGCUGGUAAAACGAAUAAAGGAAGAAUAUCUCGGUACUUAGCAAGUAAAUGUUCUAUUGCUUCACGAAUUGAUUGCUUCCGAGAUGUACCCACUGAAAAGUUUGGAGAAAAACUGCGCCAACAAGUUGAAGAUCGCUUAAAGUUUUAUGACACUGGAGAAAUACCUGCAAAAAAUUGUGAUGUUAUGAAAGAUGCUUUAGAAGAAAUAAAAGAUAAGGAGGACCUAGAUGAAGCAGAACUGAAGAGGAUAAAAAAAGAAAAGAACGCAAAGAAAAGGGCAGCACUAAUGAUGGAUAAGGAGGACCUAGAUGAAGCAGAACUGAAGAGAAUAAAAAAAGAAAAGAAGAAAGCAAAGAAAAGGGCAGCACUUAUGAUGCUGUAAAGAAUGGAUGCCAAAAAGAGAUUUCCUUCUGGACAUAAUCUGACUUUAAACACCAGAAAGAAAGAAAAAAAGUGCCAAAAAUGUGGAUUUGUUACGUUUUAUCUGCGUGUGUUAUAUAAGCACAGGAUUAAAUGUGUUGGGAAAUUAAUAGGUUCUCCUAUUGCAUGUUGCUAUUGCAAAAGAAAAUUCAUUUUUUUCAAUUCUUUUAAGCACCAUAAACAGACC